GUGGUUUCGACUUUUCGAAUACAUCGGAACAAUAAGGUUCACAUAGAGUAACACAUAUAGUACGUUUCAGUUGAUGAUCAAUUCGUAUCCUGGUUCCGAUGUUUCAACCCCAUGAGUUCUUUGGAAAAAGCAAACCGUUCAAAAAUAGGCAUGCUUCGAUUAAUGAACAUUGUUUCCUAUCUUGAUUUCGUCUGUAUUCAAUCGAUUACACAACCAAAAGGAGAUAUCAUGUGUGAAGAAAAAAAAAACCAAAUAUGUUGCCAUUGCAGUUAUGCAGCCGAUCGCAUUAUAGCCAUUCGUUUCGCGGGAUGGAUCGAAUGCUGUUGAAAUGUCCCGAUCCAGCCACCGGCCAUCCAUGGCGGAGUACCGGAAUUUUUCCGGACAACACAAGUUUGCAGGAGCAAAAACAGGGUGCACGGCUUUUUGACUCACCACCACACUACUUUUCGUUGGGAAAAAAAGAAACAAUGGAAGAGCAGACGGACGAUGUCGGUCUGCUUCGCGAGCUGGAAGGCACAUUACAUACGCUUCUUGCUGACGAGCUGCUGCAAGAUGUUCCUCAGGCACCGACUCUGGAAGAGAUUGACACGCUCAUCGCGGUAGAACAAGGACACGCCUAUCAGAUCAAGAUCGAUCGUGGUCCGCUGGAGCCUAUUUUCAUUGUCGUAGGUCAAGCAUCCACCGUGAGUGAUAUUAAAAAACUCAUCCAGGUCAAACUUGAAAGACUGGAAAGGCAAAAGAAAAAAUCCAUCAGCUGGAAGUACAUAUGGCGAUCUCAUUGCCUCAUGCUCGAGCAUCAACGCUUAUUAAACGACUGCGCGGCUGUCAGUCAAUUGGGUAUUCGUCAGGGCAGCGUACUUCAUUUUGCAAAGCUUGCUCACCAAAAAGGACAACAUCGACGCCCUCGCCGUUGGUAUAAGCGUUGAAGGAUGGUUUUUUGCUGCCCAUCCUUUUUGGCUUGGCAGUUGUACAGGGAUUGCUCUGUCUAUCCACGGCAUAUUACGGUUGCAAAUCUAACCGGCGGCUCCUGAGAAAAAGAGAAUUACCCACCAGCAUCGUUCUCACGACAUUUCUCUUUGCAACCAAUAUCGGAUCAAGAUUUACCAUAAGCAAUACCCGAACCGUGAUACUACUCCUUACAUGGAUUCGGUCCGCCAACAGAUCAGGGCGCUUCGUCGCUCUACUAGCAACUUGGUUUUCAGAGAUAACCACUGCGUGAAAGAAGGAGGAUGUGCGUACAAACUUUUUUUGUUUGUCCAUUUUGCAAUAAAAAACAAAAAUUUCAGUUGAACAAAGUCAAUAA